AUGUUGAAUCGAUCACCGAGCGACGGUAGCGUUGACUCCGGUUCGUCUACUUCUACCGCUUUGAAGCUUACAAAGGUUGGCUCGCAUAUCAAGCUUGAAACAAUGGAUGGGAGCCACCACAGUUUGAACGAUUGGAAGCCUCAGAAGCCCAGGAGAAGUGUUAGUUCAAAUGACGAAGUUGGCUUCUUUGGCGAGGAUUUCGCCAUCACCUACGAUGAUGAAUCGAGCAUAUCAGUGUCUGAAGACGGGAGUUUUGCAAUGUCUGAAAAUGAUUGCAGUGUAGCAGUGUCUGAAAUCACAGAACCUUCCAUGUGGGCAUCGUUCGGUUCUUCCUCUUGGAAUCAAUCAAAGUCCCAAGACAGCGUUAGCCUGAUCUACGGAACAGAUGCGGUUGAGUACAUCUUUGAUGCUGAAAACGAUAAGGAACGAGAAACUGAGGCACGGCCACUUCAUGAUGAAUUUCGUUCCAAUGAUCUUCCUCCUGUGCCUGUGAGAAGAAACCUUUCCUCGAAAGAAGGACAACUGGUGGAUAAGUUCACAAGUGGAAGUACGUGUGACGAUGGCAAUUGUGGGCCUCCAAGACCGCCGAGACGGCAAAGCACUUCGGACUUGCGGCCGCUAGGUGAAAAUGGGUUGUCGCAAACGAGACGAUCCAGCUCGUCAGAUUUGAUAUCGCUAUCGAGCCGUUCUAGUAAUCCUUCACACCUCCCAAUCGAGCACAGCACUUUGAAUACGCCAUUUCUUGGUGGCGACGGCUCUAUUCGAACCAAGUGGUCAAGCAUGUCAAACCUGCCUCUUGCUGCACAAACGGUGUCAAGCAGAAAUAAUCGUUGCGCUUUGUCAUCUUUACCCCAGAAAAGUUCAAAUUUGCAAGCUUUAUUACCAUGCAAACCACUACGGUCGGACGGAUUGUUGGAAGAAGAGGAGAUUGAAAUCUCAAAGAUAUGCUCGCGUCUCAAAUUUGCGAGCGAGAGUGAUCCUUCGAUUAGUAGCAACGCUCCUCCCCAGUCCCCAAGACGGUCAAGUUAUUCAAGUAAUGUCAGCAAGAAGUCAGCAUCAGUUCCAGAACCUAACACAUUGAUGAAUCGAGCUAGAACGUUUUCCAGUCUUUGCGCUGUUUCUACCCACUCCAAGCGUUUGAAGAAGUAUCCUAAUACCUUUGUUGGGAGUGAAGCUAUUGAUUUGAUGCUGAAGCAUGGACUUGCAAGAACACGAGAGGAUGCUGUCUUCCUCGGACAUCGGUUCUGUAAAGAGUACAAUCUCUUCCACCACGUGUCCUUUGAUCAUACUUUCAAGGAUGGUAACUACUUUUACAGAUUUACGAAUGGCGUGAAGGAAGACUUGUCCAUUCUUCCAUAUACCUCCCUUGAAGAGCUUCGAACGCUAGGCGAAAAGUUUUCUCAAAGUAUGGGAGUCACCAAGCACAUCAGCCUCAUGAAGACUUACAAGAAGACAUUCAUGGGCAAUCGUGCUGUGGAUCAUAUGAUCGCAAAAGGAUAUGCGUCUACUCGAAUUCAUGCAGUAUUCAUUGGCCAACGACUGCUGGAAGAGCUGAACUUGUUUCGACACGUUUCCGACCAAUGCCAAUUCAAAGAUUCCUCCCACCUCUAUCGCUUCGUAUCCGAAGAUAAUACGGAUAGACCUUCUUUGGAAAGCAAAGAAGCAGAAUUGGCUUCCGUCAUGUCCUCCAUCCGAAGCCGAAGAAGAUUAUCAUUCAACGGGUCCGAACGCACUUCAUCGACUCGUACCACAGUUCCACCGCCGCCAACAACUGGAAGCCCCAACAAUAAGAGAAGCAUGCGAGUAUCAUUCGGAAACGUCUAUCAGCGCCACUUUGAAAGAUGCCUCGAGUGCAACCCAGCUACAACAAAAGGUCCAAGUUUGGGAUUGGGUUGGGGCUUCUACGAUGUCCCACCAGUGUCUGUUGACGAUUCUCACAUGGUCCAGAAAAGUCGCUAUGGGUUCCGUGUAUCCAGAUUGUGCCGCGAAUUCAUUCUCGAGACGGAGUGGGGAUACACCAAAACCGAUAUCCGCAGAGCGACAAGGGCGAACGAGAAGAUUCGCCAAAACCGAAAGAAAUCCUUCAACAAGGUUUCUGUCGUGAGAAGCUUUGUUGCAUAA